AUGGGCGACUCUCCUCCACACACGGCACCAUCACCACCACCACGUCCUGCAUCGACGGGAGGCAAGGCUCCAGUUAGGAUCAGAUUCUGGAUGGUCACUGAAGAGGCCCCCUCUCACGACGGCACACUCUGUUGCUCAGUCUGGGAAGCCCGGGAAGCCUGGGAGAAUCCAGAACCCAUCAAGCGACCAAAAUGGGGUCUCCAGAUAUACGACACACGAUCCAACAGCGGGAAAAGCAUGAAGCAGCUCAAGAAGCUGGCACUCAAGAUAUACGAGGACACGUGGGACGAGCGAAGCGCCAUGGGCCGCGAGACGCUUGAUCGAAUCGAUCUCUACGGCCUGGCUAUGUCCGAAGGCACUUCACCAGCUAAGCGCGCAGAAAGGUGCAGGGGGCAUAACGUCAAGGAAAUAGCUGCGAGAAACGCGACAGGAAAGGGUGACUUUUACAUCCCCCGGAUGGAUUGCGGGUUUCCUGAGUCAGGCCAGCGCUCCAUAUUGAUCAUUGAUAGGCUGGAUGACAAAUGGGACGAGCCUGAUGAAGGCGGCUUCCUGCACGUUCAGUGGGAUCCAGAGGUCAGGGAGGACAAGACCGAGUCCGAUGUGGACAGCACUGAGUCUUCACUGACGGAAAGGCGGGAGGAUGAAAUCAGUUUUUACCGUUACGAAUACACAAACCAAGUGCCGGGAGUCAUGCAGGGCAUGAGGGACGGUGUCGAGUGGUUUGAUAUCAAUUACGUUGAUUCUGGUCUGUUGGACGAAGAGUUGAGACAGGCUGUCAAGAAGGCCUCUGAGAAGUGA